UUUUGAAGAAAUCUUGAAACAGAGAGGGGGAACUGUGGGAAACACUCCUCGGGGGAGGAGGAGAGCGUCGCCUCUCCUGGGGAAGAACACGAGCAAAAACUCUCCCGCGGAGGAUUUGCAGAUUCGACGAGAUUCAGGGUCUUUAUCUGAUUCUCGAAAAUUAGUGUUCUUUCUGGAAUUGCUCUAAGAACAAGUGGAAGAAACGAGGGGCAGAUAUGUCAGACUUGGAUCGGCAGAUUGAACAGCUGAAGCGCUGCGAGCCGUUGAAUGAAUCGGAGGUGAAGGCUCUUUGCCUCAAAGCCAUAGAAAUCCUCGUUGAAGAGAGCAAUGUUCAAAGGGUCGAUGCCCCUGUCACUAUAUGUGGUGACAUACAUGGGCAGUUCUAUGACAUGAAAGAGCUUUUCAAAGUAGGAGGUGAUUGCCCUAAGACAAAUUAUUUGUUUCUUGGAGAUUUUGUUGAUCGAGGUUUCUACUCUGUCGAGACAUUCCUCCUUCUACUGGCUCUCAAGGUCAGAUAUCCAGACCGUAUAACUCUCAUUAGAGGGAAUCACGAGAGCCGGCAAAUCACACAGGUAUAUGGAUUUUAUGACGAAUGCCUGCGUAAAUAUGGCUCUGUAAAUGUCUGGAGAUACUGCACCGACAUUUUUGACUACUUAAGUCUUUCAGCUCUUGUCGAGAACAAGAUAUUUUGUGUUCAUGGUGGCCUCUCUCCAGCUAUUAUGACCUUAGAUCAGAUUCGAACUAUUGACCGGAAGCAAGAAGUGCCACAUGAUGGUGCCAUGUGUGACCUUCUAUGGUCUGAUCCAGAAGAUAUUGUCGACGGAUGGGGUCUGAGUCCACGAGGUGCUGGAUUCCUCUUUGGUGGCAGCGUUGUCACUUCCUUCAAUCACUCAAACAACAUAGAUUAUAUAUGCCGAGCCCAUCAGCUAGUUAUGGAAGGUUAUAAAUGGAUGUUCAAUAACCAGAUAGUUACAGUCUGGUCAGCUCCAAAUUACUGUUAUAGAUGUGGUAAUGUAGCUGCAAUUCUCGAGCUGGACGAGAAUCUUAACAGAGAAUUCCACGUGUUUGAAGCAGCUCCUCAGGAAUCAAGAGGGGCUCCUCCCAAGAAACCAGCACCUGAUUAUUUCCUGUGAGCUGCAACACAGUGAUUGACGCCUUCACUCGUACAUGAAACUUGCCCCAAGAUUCUUCACUGUUGGGCAGAGGAAUCUACAAUCUUGGUUUCACAAAGAUAUUUACUUUUGAUGUCUGGAGAUAUAUACGAGUCUUUGUCUGUUUCUUGCCACUGAGUUUUGUCUUUGACCUUUCUGUGUAAUGGUACUUCAGUGUUUAAGGAAAAUCUUGAGAGUACA